UCGUGUCUGAAUAAUCGGCAACAUCGAAAUGUUGAAACAGUGGGGAAGGGAGCGGCUUACUGCGACCGCUGUCGAAUUAUUGGGGCUGGUGGAGCGAACGAUAGCGUCAGAUGAGGAGCAACUUUGUCGAGUGAGGAGAGCCGUUUCGGUGGCAGUGUGUGGAAGAAGCAUUGCGGCUGCGGAUCUUGACACCGCUUUGGCCUCACGCAAGGCUACUCCCUUCACUCCCCGUUCCCAGAAGAGGAGCUAGAAGCAGCACGGUCAUACUUCCCCCACCACCUCACUUCAGCAUGAUCGGCACAAGUUCCACACAGAGCAGGGGGCCCGAGGAUUCAGAACCAGAACCGCAACAAUCUACCACCAUCAAUGGCGACCAUCAGUCCAGCCUUAAUGUUUUCUGCAAGCUAUGCCUCUGCGAGCACCCACCUGCACUCACCAGGGCACUGCACAGUUGCGCAUGUGUCUACUGUACAACUUGUCUGCAGCAGUAUGUUCAACUGACCAUCAAGGAGGGUGGGGGGGCACCCAUCACUUGCCCUGAUAUGGCCUGCAGAAACACUGGAGUGCUACUUGACUCUGAGAUAUCUGAAUUGGCCUCUGCUGAUCAGACUGAACUGUAUGAGCGCUUGAAGUUUGAGAGAGGAGUAAAGCUGGAUCCUAGUAAGACCUGGUGUCCGGCGCUUGAAUGCCAAGCCGUGUGCGACGUGCCGCCGAGCUCCGAAGGCCAGCCCUCCCCUGUGCCGUGUCCCACUUGUCACACCAUCUUCUGCUCCGGCUGCAGAGGACCCUGGCAGGGAAGCCAUACAUGCCCUGAGCGCCAACCCAUGAUGUCACACUUUCAUGAAAACAGCGGCGACUCCGACGCUGCCAUCAAACAGUGCCCCGUGUGUGGCAUCUACAUUGAGCGGAACCAGGGCUGCGCACAAAUGCUGUGCAAGAGCUGCAAACACACCUUCUGUUGGUACUGUCUACAGAACUUGGAUAGUGACAUUUUCCUCAGGCAUUACGAUAAAGGGCCUUGCAGAAAUAAACUCGGCCACUCCCGAGCCUCGGUGAUGUGGAACCGAACGCAGGUGGCAGGAAUAUUAGUUGGGGUAAGCAUUGUGAUGCUGAUUACCUCUCCAUUCCUCUUGCUGGCCUCCCCAUGCAUCCUGUGCUGCCUCUGCAAGCCCUGCAAAGUAAAGAAGAAGAAAAGAAAGAAGGACUUGAGUCUGCCAGACCCCUCCACAUAGCAGCUUGCCUAUUGUGCCCUGCACCAAACUCUAGCAGCUGGAGGAAUCAUGGACUCCACCAGACUGGAUAUGCUGUACAUUACUAAACCAAAUGUGGGCUUUGACAGUCAAUAAAUUCACAUAAUCAGCACCUGAAACUAUUCAGUGGGAAUAUUAUACAUGGAACUAUAAAUUACCACUGACUCAUGAGCAUUAUGCCAGAAGAGUGGUAAUCACUAGAAAGCGGCAAAUUUUGCACUCACGCAUUUCAACCCUCUUUUAGUGUUAUCACGAUGCCAAGUGAGAGGUGCUCAAAUGCCUCACUCUUACUGUGCUUGGUUCUGGCUUGCAUUUGUUUGCCUUUCUAUUAUUGUAUGCACAUACUUUGCUUAGAAUGUAGAAGUUGGUAAGUAAGGUCAAGAGGAGGAAAGAUAACUUUCCCAUGUGCACUUUAUUUUGUAGUGAAACAAGAUGGGGCUUGAAUAGUGCACAACAAUUUAAAAUAGAUGAAAUGUAAAUAUUCAUUUUUUUGCUGAUGGUUAGGUACUGCUUCGUCUAAGGAGAAUUCAUACUUUAUAUCUUAAGUAGAUCUUUUUAUUGAUGUUUCAGCAUCACCUUUUCUAAAAAUGGAAUAAAAACACUGCAUUGACUGUG